AUGCUGCGGGCGCUGGUGGUGGCCGUCCACAGCAGGGAGAGCAGCUGUGGCACCUCCCUGCCGCUGCCCUCAGCUGCUGGCAGCAAAACACGGAAGGGGAAAAACCUCCUUGGGAAGCCCCUGCGUGAUGUGAUUGAAGUGUACUAUGGUGACAAUCGCUUUGGGACAGUGACUGACUCAGGCACAGCAACGCUUAAACCUCGUCCGAGAGUCCGGCCGCUGCUGACUUUCCUACCCCUUAAUGCCCAAGAACCCCAUGGGGUGGCUGUGCCAACACCCUCGGUGCCAGAAGACUUUGAGGAAAAAGCAGCUCUUGGCUCCAGCUCCCAGGUCAAUGGGAACUACCGAAUGUACAGCUCGGUGGGGGACCUGCGCCCACAGGCUCUCGAGGGGGAUGACCUGGAUGAAGACAUCCCUCCACCGCCAUCGGUACCCCCACCACCCCCUCCAACGGCACCGGCACCCGCACCUGUGCCACCACCUCCAGCCUCGCCGGUCCCUCCACCACCUGAAAUGCUGCCUCCACCACCACCACCGCCACCACCUGAGAUGGUGCCGCCACCUCCUGCCAUGGCACCUCCGCCACCUCCAGCCUCUGCCCUGUCCUCCCCUGGCACACCGGCUCCUCCAGACUUCAUCCCACCAGCCCCUCCAGGUGUCCCGCCAGGUGCCUCGCCGCUCAGCCGGGCCCCGGCACCUUUCACCACCGGCAUCUCCAAGUGGAAGUCCGAGACGGUGCUGAACACGAGGCAGGUGGAUGCCGAGGGGCCACUCUGCCCUGCUGAGGCUGGGGUGCCGGCUGCCCCUGGCCCGAAGGAGAGCCUGCAGCCCAAGCACUGCCCCGAGCCCCACCUCACCUUCCCCAGGUCCUUCAAGGUGCCCCCACCAGCUCCAGCCCGGUCCUCCUCCAUCCCCAUGCAGGAGAGCCAGCCCAUUCGGCAGGAGCCCUUCGCCAAGCAGCCUCACGCCCGGCCUCCCCUCCCACCCUGCUUCACCAUAAGACCCGCGGCCAAGGCUCACGCAGGAGGAGAACCCGAGCAAAGAAAUUCCCCGCUGAGACAGGCUGUCCUGAAGCCGGCUGUGCCGACUCCCCCACCACUGAGCCCCAAGCCAGGUCCAGGGCUCAGCCAAGGGACGAAUCCUGCUGGUCGCCGAUCCCCGCUGCCAGGCUCCGAGAUGGAGAAGGUUCCCCAGCUGAAAACAGCUGAGAGAGACUCUUCUCCAAAAUCCGAAUCUCUCUCUGCAAAUGACCUAGACCUCCCCCCUCCGGACUACCCGACCUGCGAGGAUGACUGGAGGGAUGCCAGCAACCUGAGCAGGCUGCGGCAUGAGCUCUCGGCCCUCCUGUGCUCCCCACGGAGGGAGGAGAGGCCGCUGGAGAAGCCAGCUGCUCCCCGGCCCGCAGGCGGUGAUACUGACCAUGCUGGCAGCCGUGGGCCCAGUCUCAAUGGGCCCCAACUCGCCGGACCUGCUGGGAAGGAUGUGCAGUUACCCGGGAAGGAUGCACGGUUACCCAUGGGAGGGGAGAGCGAGAAGAAAGAGGUGCCCAGCGCCUCCCCCAGUGCCAAGGGGGGCUCUCCCAGCACAGCGCUCCCUGCUCCAGAGAGCAACCCUGCUGCGCAGACCCGCAGCGUGAUGACAAUCAGGAACGAGCUGGAGGCUGUGCUGUCCCUGAAGAAAGAAGGGAAACCUGCCCUGGGGCUUGGCAGCCAGAAGCAGGGCACUGAGGAUGGCGGCAGCACCCCACGUGUGAGAAAGAGCCCCCCUGACCUGAGGAAGAGCCCCCCUGACCCGGGUGACUCAGUGCUGCCAAAACUGGCUCCAAGCCCGCUCCCAGCACCAGCAGCUGCCGUGGAGAAGGAUGAGAUGGGGCACAAGGACCAUCCCGCUCCUGCUGCUAGCAAGGCCACAGAGAACUUGACCCCUGCUCCCGGGUCCCUUGACAGCGGCGUGAGCCCCCCAGACCCACCUCGGGGACCGGCGGAGGAGCCCCCUGCUCCCACUUCCCCCUCACCCCCCAUUUCUCCCGCACAGAGCCCAGCACCACAGCCCAACACAGCCAUCUUCCAGUACAAAGUGCACCGGGCUGGGGCCAGCUCAGCCGAACCACCCUGCGCCUCGAGCUCAGCCGAACCACCCUGCCCCACAAGCUUGGUCAAGAGCCCGCCAGGCACCUCAGGAGCGGGGCAAGAGGAGGUGCUGAUCCACCCAGUGACGGGCGAGCGGGUGGAGCGGGGCUCCCCCAUGGCGCUGCUCCUGGCAGCCCGGCAGCGUGCCCAGCGGGGCCGGCAGGGUGGUGAGGUGGGAGCCGCGCCGCGGGCGAAGCCGCCCCUGAAACUUGGCAGUGCUUCAUCAGACACCGUCUCCACCACCUUCUACCGCCAUGAGUCCAAGCCCUACUCCUUCACCGUGGUGCCCCGGCCGCCCGUGGCGAGUACAGCGGGGUCAGGACGGAGCAAACCGUCCUUCUCCAGCUCCUCGGAGCAGGGCCGGGACGUGCGGGCAGUGGGUGAGGCUCAGCCCCAGAGCCUCCCCGGGCACCGGCGGGCCCCCGCCCCCCCCGCUCGGGGCCUCCUCGAGUCCGGGCAGCCGAACCAGCCUGGCCCGCCUGGCCAUGGCAUACCCAGGGAGGAGGAGAAUGGGGAGACAGCGCUGGACUACGGAAUUAUCCCCCCGCCCCCGGAGUUCAGCAACGAGGUGGACAAGGCCGAGGGGCCCCUCCCAAGUCAGGAGGAGAACCGCAAGUGCCCCAGCUUCCCUGACAGCAGCCGGGGCUCGGAGGCACCGCGGUAUUUCAGGUGGCCUGGCUAUAGCCGUGUCUACGGGGUCAGCCAUGAGAUGCCAGCCCCGCUGCCCUCAGAGAAGAACAGGAGGAACGGCGAUUUCACGCCCCAGUACCCAGACUACAGCAGCUCCGCCGGUUACUUCAGCCGCUGCCCGAACCCCCGCCCGCUGAUCAAGAAGCGCCUGUACGUCUCUGAGCCCGACAGCUCCUACCCCCGGGCAGCCGCAGUGCCCCGGGGCACAGGUGCCCUCUCCUCCUACGGCCCCGGGGGGUACAGCUCCCCGGCCGGGGAGGGGGUCCGCCGCCUCGGCUCUGCCCACAGGAACGGCCCCACGAGCACGCAGGGCAGGCGGACAUCCAUCGAUGCUGCUGGGAAAGCCACGCCGUACGGCAGUGCCGGGGCUGACGCCAAGUAUAAGGGGCAGAAUGGGGAUUUCUUGCCCACCAGUGUGGUGGCAGCCAGCAGACCUGCCCACGGCAGCUCGCAGUUUGGCGGACCCAGCAACACCUUCACAGUCAGGCCUGGGGCGCGGCAGCCCAUCUCCUACGCCUACCAGAGCGGCCACUGA